AUGGUGUACAUACGACAGGAUAAGCUACCAAAGCUCAGGGAGUACAAGUACUCUGGCGUGGAUCACAGCUUGCUUUCACAAUAUGUCCUCAAGCCUUUCUACUCUCAUGUGGUCAUCAAAUGCUUUCCUAUGUGGAUGGCACCCAACCUUAUAACACUCUCUGGGUUCGGGUUCAUCAUAGUCAACUUCCUCACCUUACUCUGGUAUACACCGACCCUUGAUCAAGAUUGUCCGCCUUGGGUGUACGCCAGCUGGGCCAUCGGACUGUUCCUCUACCAAACAUUUGAUGCUGUGGAUGGGAGUCAGGCCCGCAGGACUCGCCAGAGCGGUCCUCUAGGCGAGCUGUUCGAUCAUGGAGUCGAUGCGAUCAAUACGACACUGGAAGUAUUGUUGUUCUCUGCGACAAUGAAUCUUGGCCAAGGCUGGAAGACAGUCCUCACGCUCUUUGCAUCAUCUCUGACAUUCUACGUGCAGACCUGGGAUGAGUAUCAUACCCAUACACUGACUCUUGGUGUUAUCUCUGGGCCAGUCGAGGGUAUCAUAACCUUGUGCAUAGUGUAUGCCUCAACGGCCUACCUUGGUGGAGGUAGCUUCUGGCAACGCUCCAUGAUCCAAAGUCUCGGAGUGAAAGAGCAUGGAUUCAUUCCAGAAGUGCUGUACAAUUUGGCAUGGAACGAAUGGUAUAUGGUCUAUGGAGGAGUUGUGCUCGUGUUUAACACUGUUUCGAGCGCGCAAAAUGUAAUGAAGGCGCGUCGUGCCCGUGGUCAAAAGGCGCGAGUCGCUCUCCUGGGUCUUCUUACCUUCGGGGCGGCUUGGGUCCUCAUCACGGCGUACUUGUACCUGCAACCUAUGAUCUUGCAUCACCAUCUGGUUCCGUUCAUCUUCUACGCUGGUCUCAUCAACGCGUACUCGGUGGGUCGCAUGAUCAUCUCUCACCUUACGAAAUCCCGAUUUCCUCGAGGCAACGUACUGAUGUACCCUCUCAUCUACGGAGUGAUCGAUUCGCUCGGGCCAUGGCUACAGGAGCACAUUGGUGUCGGCUGGCCAAGUGCCUUGGGCAACGAUGUUUAUCAGGUUGCCUUUGUGUUCAUGUGUCUAGGUCUUGCUGUCGGUGUGCAUGGAAGCUUCAUCGUGGAUGUUAUUUGGACGAUCUGCGAUUAUUUAGACAUCUGGUGUCUCACGAUCAAGUACCCCUACCAGCCAGUAGAAGAAAACAUCGAACGGAAGGGACAAUGA